UCCCUGGGAAGGGUGGCCCCACCCUGGCCCCCACCCCUGAGGCGGGCUCUUGGAGGCUGCGUGGCAGGGCGGGCCCUGCGGGGUGCCAGCAGAUGGGGAAGCCCCGCUGGUCCAGCGUGGUUGGAGGGCCCAGCGUGGCGCCCCGAGGCCAUGGAGCCGCGGCCGGGGGGAAGUGCGGCAGUGGUGGCUGCGGCUCUCCUCCUCCUGCUGCUGGGUACCCAGGGCCAGGCCAGCACUCCCAGCCCCAGGUGUGACUGUGGCCACAACUCCCACGAGAGGAAUGGUCUGGUCUGUUGCAGGGGCUGUCCAGCAGGGCACUACCUGAAGGCCCCCUGCACGGAGGCUUGUGGUGCCGCCACCUGCCUCCCGUGCCCCCAGGGCACCUUCCUGGCCUGGGAGAACCACCAUGAGACCCGCUGUGCACGCUGCCAGGCCUGUGAUGAGCAGGCCCCUCAGGUGGCCCUGAAGAACUGCUCCGCGGUGGCGGACACCCACUGUGGCUGCAAGCCCGGCUGGUUCACGGAGUGCGUCGUCAGCCGGUGCCUCCACGGCUCUCCCUUCCGCUGCCGCCCGUGCACAGACUGCGGGGCCCUGCAUCGCCACGUGCGGGUGCCCUGUUCCAGCAGAGACACCCAAUGUGGGACCUGCCUGCCUGGCUUUUAUGAAUAUGGGAACAGCUGUGUGUCCUGUCCCACGAGCACCCUUGGGAGCUGUCCUGAGCCCUGUGUGGCUGUCUGUGGCUGGAGGCAGAUGUUCUGGGUCCAGGUGCUACUGGCAGGCCUGGUGGUCCCACUCCUGCUUGGUGCCACCCUGACCUACACGUAUCGCCGCUGCCGGCCUUGCAAGCCCAAAUUUCCUGACAAAGCGGGGACAGAGGCCCUGACCUCCCUGCAGGCCACCCACGUCUCACCCUCCGACAGUGCCCACACCUUUCUGGCACCACCCAGCAGCAGUGAGAAGGUCUGCACCGUCCAGUUGGUAGGCAACAGCUGGACCUCUGGCCCUCCCCAGACCCAGGAGGCGCCCUGCCCGGAGGUGACUUGGUCCUGGGACCAGCUGCCCAGCAGAGCUCUUGGUAAGGGAUUUCAGUGGCCUGAGGCCUUGGCCCCAUUCUCCCAAGUAAAGGUGAGAAGCUGUGGUUUCCUGAAGCACCACUUGCCCACUUCCUAUCCCCUAACUGACCAGGCGAACCUCCCUGCCCGCCUCGGCCCGGCCCCUGCCCCGGCCCCACCCCGGGUUCCCCAUUGGCUCUCUCCGGCCGCCCGCAGGCCCGCCGCCGCCUCCGCCCACGCCCCCUGCAGGCUCGGCGGCCACCAUGCUCCAGCCCGGCCCACAACUCUACGACGUGAUGGACGCGGUGCCCGCGCGGCGCUGGAAGGAGUUCGUGCGCACGCUGGGGCUGCGCGAGGCGGAGAUCGAGGCGGUGGAGGUGGAGGUCGGCCGCUUCCGCGACCAGCAAUACGAGAUGCUCAAGCGCUGGCGCCAGCAACAGCCCGCGGGCUUGGGCGCCGUCUAUGCGGCUCUGGAGCGCAUGGGCCUGGACGGCUGCGCCGAGGACCUGCGGAGUCGCUUGCAGCGGGGCCCGUGAUGCUGGAGACCACCCCCACCCCGAGGCUCUGGUGGCCCUUGCAGAAGCCCUAAGUACGGUUACUUAUGCGUGUAGACAUUUUAUGUCACUUAUUAAGCCCCUGGCAUGGCUCUGCGUAGCAGCGCCGGCCAGCCUCACCCUUGCGCGCCCCCAGGGCUCCAGUUCAGGCGAGGAAGCAUCAAAGACACAUAUCAGGAGGGGAUCUAGAGAUUGCUCAGCUGUUUCUCGGCCCGAGUUUGGCUGAGAUCUUGGUAUUAAAUCUAUGAAGAAAA